UCAUUCAUAAAUUUGUUUUGAUCAUUAUUGUUAUUUGUUUUCAGGUGAUAUUUGUAUUUUCGUUAUAAAAAGAGUAUAAUUUUGGAACUGUAAGAAAUAAAACACAUAUCUGCUUUUAGUUAAUUCAAAUUUAAGUAUUUAAAUAUAUAGUCGUCUAAAUAUAAAAAAUUGGCUACAAUGUCCUCAACCGAUAUAAAGUUAGAGGUUUGUGUCGAUUCAAUUGCUUCGGCACUAGCCGCUGCCGAGGGCGGUGCUUCACGCAUUGAACUAUGUUCCGCGCUAACUGAAGGAGGCUUAACGCCUUCACCAGGUACACUGAAAACACUUAAGGAACUUAUAACCAUACCAAUUUAUUGCAUGCUACGACCAAGACGAGGAAAUGAUUUUAUUUACUCAAAUGCAGAAAUAGAAGCGAUAUUACUUGAUUUGGAUAUACUACGUUCCCAUGGCGCUGACGGAUUUGUCUUUGGCGCACUUACCGAACAGCGUUCCAUCGAUGUGGAAAAAUGUCAACGUGUUUUGGAGCGCACUGGAGGCAUGCCACUUACAUUCCAUCGUGCAUUCGAUCUCACUAAUCCACAAUUAAUGCAUGAAAAUGUCAACAUCAUAAAAGAAUUAGGUUUUAAACGUUUGCUCAGUAGCGGUUUUCGCGUUUCCGCUAUCGAGGGUAGUGAUAAUCUAGCACAACUCAUUGCUAAGCAUCGUGAUAUAAUUAUAAUGCCUGGUGCUGGUAUUAGUGUAAGCAAUUUGGAUGAAUUGUUAACAAUUACAAAAUGCGUAGAAUUUCAUGCUUCUGCACAGGCAGCCGCUGGCGCGAUAACCAAUAAUGGCGGCGUGGCGAGCAUGGAUUGCGAUGUAACAAUGGGUAAGCAAGACGUGUCUCCCUAUGCGACAACAGACGUUAAUGUGGUGCGUAGAAUGGUUACCAUCGCUAUGGCAGCAAAAUAAAGAAUAAAAAAACUACCGAAGCUAAAUUAAAAUUUAUAUAUUUUCACAUACAUACAUAUGUAAAUUAGUAUGUACACUUUUCCCUAAAGCGUCGCUCUUCCUUAUUAAAUACAAGACAUUUUUGAACUCUGCGUGGUUACUUUUCACCUCAUAAUUUUAGAAGCAAAACCGUUCAUAAUCUAUAAUAAAUCGUUCACUUUGAUGAAAUCGAUUUGAGUUUUAAUAAAAUUCUUUUUUUUUAUAAUAUUUAUGUAUAUUAUUUAUUUAUAUGUAUAUCCUCGUAUAUAUAUGUAUAUGUGUGUAUUUAUAAAAUAGUCCUUUAAAAUUUAAAUGACCCUAUUUUAUUAAUUUUACUUAAAUAAAUAAAAUAAAUUUACAUCAAUAUGUAUCUACAUAUGUAAUAUUUAUUGUAAUAUCCAGAGAAAAUCAACAAACGGUUUGAUUAUUAUAAUAGUUAUAUUGUAAUUGAGAACACAGCGAUAGAUUUAAUUACAUACUUCUUUAUAAUUUGCAGAUUACUUUAUUACGCAACGUUAACUUUUUACCAACAAUUAUAUUUAAUAUACAUGUAUUAAACCGUUUUUUAUAAAUUUAAUAAAUUAAGUUAUUAAGUUGUUUCAGCAUCGAAAUCUUGAGUAUGUAAGA